CAAGGAUGAUAAAAAACACUGAAGGCGUGUUGUUGUAGUGAGCUUGCAUGGCACUGUGGCAGGAGGACGGUCGCCAUCUCUGGGUAAACACCGUAACCGUGUCACGCAGUUGAUAUUAUAGUGUGUGGAUAGAAGCCGGAGCGUACAGUAGCAGCAGCAGCAGCAGCAGGCGGGGUGCUAUGCUGCCUGCAACAGCGGACACACACGACUUCAAUGAAGGACUGACGCUUUGUUUGUCCCCUGCACGUCGGACUGUCACCUCGGAGGUUCGGACGCUUCUUCUCACUGACAUUUCGUCUUGUUCGUGAGCUCCGGGGUGGGGGUUGGGGGGGGGUGGGGGGAGAAAUGGGACUGCAUGCUUCGAAUGAAAUGGGAUUUUAAUGCUGCAAACAGCGGACGCUUUAGCCCGCGCACGCAGCCAGGGGACUGUAGUGCGCUCAAUAAUGUUUGCCAAGGAAUAAAACGGUGCGGCCCAAGGUGCAUAACAUCUCGUUUCCAUGGACAACACGUCCAUAAUAACACAGGUUGCAAAUCCGAAAGAGGAGGAGAGCAUUUCUUCAAGUCCAGAUAAAGUCUCCCAGUCCAACAGCAGCCUAAAGAAGCAUCGCAGCCGGAGCAUUUUCAGCCCCUUCUUCUGCUGCUUCCGCAACUACAAUGACUACCACGUUGAGCCACCACCCGCCAACAACAAGACACUUUCUCUGGCCCUGCCGCCAGAGGAGAACGGCAGUCCUCCCAAGUGUGACCAGGUCCAGGUCAUUCCCAUCCCCAGUCCUCCAGCCAAGUUCCUCCUGCCAGAGGUCAGUAUAGAAGACUACGGCAAGAGCUGCGUGGUGAUCGACCUGGACGAAACCCUCGUACACAGCUCCUUCAAGCCCAUCAGCAAUGCAGACUUCAUUGUUCCAGUGGAGAUUGAUGGGACUGUUCAUCAGGUGUACGUGCUGAAAAGGCCCCACGUGGACGAGUUCCUCCAGAAGAUGGGGGAGCUUUUUGAAUGCGUCCUCUUCACAGCGAGCUUAGCCAAGUACGCUGACCCUGUGGCAGACCUGCUGGACCAGUGGGGGGUGUUUCGCGCCCGGCUCUUCAGGGAAUCGUGUGUUUUCUACAGAGGAAACUAUGUCAAAGACCUCAGCCGGCUGGGCCGAGAGCUCAGUAAAGUCAUCAUCAUAGACAACUCGCCUGCCUCCUACAUCUUCCACCCUGAGAACGCGGUCCCAGUGCAGUCCUGGUUCGACGACAUGACGGACACGGAGCUGCUAGACCUGAUUCCUCUGUUUGAGGGCCUCAGUAAGGAGGACGACGUUUAUAGUCUCUUACAGAGCCUGAGGAACAGGUAGCAGACGGCGGCUCCAGUUGGUCCUUCCUGCCUCUUGCACAGAGGCCUCGCCUCGCUGCCACGGCCCCUCAGCCCGGCGCCUGUCCUGCGAGCGGCGCUGGGACUCCCAGCGUGGCUCUAGAUCUGAGCACUUCAGGCAAUUGUUCUGGUCAUAAUGAAGUCAAGAGACAACAACUGUAGGGAUUUCCACCAUCUCUGGAUUCUUGGACUCUUUGUACAGGACUCCUACUGACAAAAGAUUAUAUCACUGUAUGUACAUACUAUAUGUUUUUAAGCAAGACGUACAUAAAGUAAUUUUUCUAUCAGAGAGUGGAGGUUUUACUAUUCUAUCAAGUAAUAUUUUAGUUACCAAAAAUAAUCCAAUAGACAGAUUCUUUUUUUUUCGUUGUGUUGAGCUGUGCUAUGCAGGCUGUUGUAUCUUGUCUGACCUUUCAUUCAAACAACUGUGAUUUAUCUUCUCUUACAGAAUGAAGUGCCUUCAUUACUGCGCUGAUUUUGUUGUGUCAGGUUUUAUGGGGUGCACAUUUUUAUGCUGCAUAUGAACUCAAAUCUCAAAAUACGCAUUAACUAAAUCCUUAAAUUGAAGUUGGAAUUCAGUCUGAAUUGUCUGAGAAAUCUGAGAAAACAGAAACGACUUUUUUCUAGAAGUGUAUCCAACUAGCCUGUUCGACCAGGAUGAGUAUUUGCUUUUGAGUUUAGCAACAUUGAAUUGUUAAAUUUACCAAAUAUUUCUACAAUUCAAUGUGAUGUGUGACUGAAUGACGUCAUUUGAUCCUUGACAGUGACUGUAAAUUGAUAAUCCUUCGAGACGUUGAAACCCCACUUUAUUAGUGAAAAAAAGAAACCUUUGUGAUGACAUCGCCGUCCACCAAAAGAUGUUAAACUUUUGAGGAAGAUAUAAUAAUUAGCUUAGAUAACAUGAAAUUCUAUUUAUUGGGGGGAAAAGAGGGUUGGGUGCAUUGUAAACACUGCUGUUGAAAUCGUACUGUACAACAUUAUUAAAGUUGCAAGUUUGCACACUGUCAGUUUGUACCAGCGUAUAAUGACUUUAACCGACCGUAAAGCUGCUAUAUUUGUUUCUUAGUUAAAACGCCCUCAGUGACAUCAGUACGUUACCUGUUCAGCACCAAACAGUAGACAGAAAAAGGUAGCCUCUAGUUGGUAAAUGUAAUCAAGCAUUAAGCAGCUAAAAUAUUUCCCUCAGGAGUUAGUGGAGGCCAACAAAAGCGCUAAACUAUGACUUAUUUUUUGUUUUUCCAUAGCCAAUAUCUGUGGAGAUUAUAGCAAACUGGUACUUUUUUAUGCCUCAGCUCCGGCAAACUGCAACGUGACUGCUCGGCAGAGGCAAACAACAACAAUGAUGUAGUUCUAUAGUUUGGUAUUACCUCAGUCGAGGUUCUACGUCUAUACUAGGAGGAGGAGUUAAAAAAUUGCAGACCACUGAUGGUUAGAGAGAGCCGUCACUAGCCCAACAUUGGGCAUCCUGCACAGCCCGCCGUUGACCGCUAUUUAUUUCUUCAGCCAACCCAGAUUUUGAAAAAUGGCAGCCGUCAAAACCACGCCAGGGUCAAUUGAUGAAGUACAGGUGUUGUUCUGUUUGGUUGCCGAUGAAAGGAAGACAGAUAAGAAUCCUGCCUACUUUUAGGGGUUACUAUCUGCAGUGGAAAACGAAAUCGAGGAAAAGUGCCAUGGUACCAAAAGCGAGUCGAGGCGAGCCAUACCAUACAGUGGAAUUUCGGCAUAACAUUCCUCAGUCAGAAACACGACUCCAAAUGAAUGGUGCUCCAUUUCAGCUGAAUGUGUAAAUAAGCAACUGUUGGCUAACAAUCAAUCAAUUUAAGAGGAGAUGAUAUGUCAAUGUUGUGUUCACAGCUUGUUUCUGCUGGCUAGAAAAUCAGAUGCAUGGCUACUUUUUUUUAUAUUUUAGGUUGCAUUUUACAUCCAAACAGGUAUUUUAUUUUGAAUUGUCACAAGCUUGAGGUUCAAAGUUCCUUCUUAACCUUAGAGACAGCAGCAGUUGACAAAACAAUUUCACUCAUGAGGUUCAAUUAGUAGCUGGGCUGGAGCUUUGGAUCCUAUCACAUGAUCUUUGUCAGCAGGAGCAGUUCGCUCAGUUGUCAUUUAAUUUUGUUUGUUUUAAAGCCCCAUGGAUGAGAAGUCCUUAAAGUGCUUAAAGUUUGAUAAUGUAUUAUAUAUUAUAAUAUUAUAGUUUAAUGUAUGCAUUCAGGGC